AUUACAAAUUACAAGCCUGGGGACCUGAUCUUCGCAAGUGAAGGCUAUCCCCAUUGGCCAGCCCGGGUGGAUGAAGUUCCUGAUGGAGCAGUCAAACCACCUACAAAUAAGAUGCCUAUAUUCUUUUUUGGCACUCAUGAAACAGCAUUUUUGGGACCAAAAGAUAUAUUCCCCUAUGCUGAAAAUAAAGAAAAAUAUGGCAAGCCAAAUAAAAGAAAAGGAUUUAAUGAGGGAUUAUGGGAAAUAGACAACAACCCCAAAGUUAAAUUUUCUACUCAGCAGUCCCAGCCAGCUAUUAACACUGAAGGUGUUAAAGAAACUCCUCAAGAUAGUAGUCUAGAUACUACAGAAGAAAAUGAACAAAAAAUGGGGCCCAAGCGGAGAAAAUCUACUUCUCUUAAAGGAUCUGUUAAAGAAGAUAGUCUUGGCACUGACACUGAAACAGAAGAGAAAGAGAUGGAAACCUCAAAAGAUGAUGAUUCUUCAGAAAAACCUAUCAGUGAAGAUGUGGUGAAAUCAAGUGAUGUACCUGUUCCCAAGGUUGCCAGAAGGGGGAGGAAAAGAAAGGCUGACAAAGAAGCAGAAGUUGCAGAGGCAGCAGCAAUGGUGGCAGUACCGGCACCAACAACAGCUGCAGUGGUUACAGCUCCAAAAGCAAGCCCUAAAAGAGGAAGGCCAGCUGCUACUGAAGUGAAGGUUCCAAAACCCAGAGGGAGACCCAAAUUGAUAAAACCAACCUGUCCUCCUGAAAGUGACACGGUUAAUGAGGAAGAUAAGAAUAAGAAAAAGGUAGCUGAUGAAAAGCCACCCAAAAAGCAGCAGAAAAAGGAUGAAGAGAGUCAAAGGGAAGAAGACAAAGUAAGAAAAGACCCAGACAAAAAAGAAGGCAAAAAAGAAGUUGAGACAAAAAAGAAAAAUACUGCUAAAGUGGGAUCAGCGUCAGCCUCAGAUUCUGAAGAAGAGGGAGAAGAACAGGAAGGGAGUAAGAAGAAAAAAGGAAGAAAUGUUCAAGGACCUCAUAGAAGAAAUAUUUUAAAAACUCAGCAUGAACGUGAAGUAGCUGAAAGAAAACGUAAGCAGGAAGAACAGAUGGAAGGAGAUUUGCAAAACAAAGAAGAAAGCAAGAAACCAGAAGCUAAGAAGAUGGAGAAAAAAAGAGAGACGUCAAUGGAUUCUCGACUUCAAAGGAUACAUGCAGAAAUCAAAAACUCACUCCAGAUUGACCAUCUUAUCAAUCAAUCUUGGUUGCUGUUCCCUAUGCACCCAGUCACCUUGGAACCAGCAACUAAGGAGCUGGCACAGCAGAAACCCAGAAGCCUCUCGCCCAUGCCGCCCUUGCGGCAAAGGCGAGUAUGA